AUGUUAGUCAAAUGUGAAGAAUAUUAUAGAGGAAAUCUAAGUGAAUUAAAGAACAUUCAACGUUUUCGAAGAACAUACGACGCGAAAGAUGCUAUUGCUUGGUAUACAGAUGAAUGCUUUCUCUAUCGUCUUCUUAACAGAGCACUACGUACAGAAGAUAUCGAUGGACUUUAUCUAUUUCGUUUCUACAUUAUCGACCUCUGUAAACAGUUAGAAGAAGAGAGUCGAAAGAAUGUUGGAACAAUGACACUUUACCGAGGACAAGUGAUAUCUGAACAAGAACUUGAUCGAAUAAAACACAGUGUUGGUUCUCUCAUCUCUACGAAUGGCUUCUUUUCAACAACACUCGUAAAAAUUGUUGCUAUUAACUUUUUACAACAAGCUAAACGACAUGAUCUACAACAAAUUUUAUUUGAAAUAAAAGCUGAUAGUUCUCUUAAAUCGGUUGUCUUUGCUGAUGUCGAAGAAUUAAGUCGUAUUAAAGGUGAACAUGAAGUUCUGUUUGGUAUCGGUGCCGUCUUCAAAAUUGAAUGUGUUGAUUUCUCUAAAGAAAUGAAGUGCUGGCUAGUCCAGAUGGCUGCCACCGAUGAAGGAAUGGAAAAUUUGCAAGGCUACACUGAUGCAACAAAGAAACAAUACGAGGACACCGAAAUAGCAAUUAUAUUUGGUCGUCUUUUAACUGAAAUGAAUGAACUCGCAAAAGCCAUGAAAUAUUUCAAUUUGUUAUUGAUCAAAGCUGAGAAAGACUCUUUGACAGAAGCUGAUGUUUUAAAUGAAAUGGGAUUCAUUUUUUAUUGUCGUCACGAACGAUCAUCUGCAUUAGAACAUUACACUCGUGCAUAUGAAAUUCGAAAGACACGUCUGCACUCGAAUCAUCCGAAAAUUGCACAUUCCUUCAUGAACAUUGUUGAUGUAUACGAUCUGGCACGCAAUUAUAAGAAAGUACUAGAAUACAAUAAACGUGCUCUAGAUAUCUAUCGUGUGAAUUAUGGAGAAGGUGAUCAUAUAGCUAUUGCGAAGACACUAUCAAAUUUGGGAAAAGCAUACUAUGGUCAAAAACGCGAUUUCGACUCCGCACUUGAUUGCUUCACGCAGACACUUGAGAUGCGACGACGUCUUCUGCCACAAGAGCAUGCUGAUAUUGCUCAUGCUCUCUGGGAUAUUGGUUACCUUUAUUACGUGUACAAAGGAAAAGAUGAUUAUGAAUCGGCAUUUGAUUUGUGUGACAAAAAAUUAACUGAAUUACGAAAAGAAUUUGGUGAAGUACAUCCGACUAUUGGACAACUUCUGUAUCAACUUGCUGAUAUUUGUCAAAAACGCAAUGAUAGCGAUGAAGCUAUGUUUCACUUUGAAAAAGCUAUGUCUGUAUUUGAGAAAUGUGUCCCACCUGAACAAGAACAAAUCGGUAACUGUCUCUUUGAAAUUGGUCAUAUCCAUGAAAAAAAUGAAAAUUUUCAGUUGGCAUUAAAAUAUUUUUCAAAACAGUUAGAUGUUGUACGAAAAAUAUGUUUACCCGAUGAUCUAGCUAUAGGAUACUGUCUUGGUAACAUUGGAGAAACGUAUCUAAAACUCAAAAGUUAUAAUAAUGCAAUGGAAUACUUAGAAGAGGCACUGAAGAUCUUCCGAUUAAAAUAUGCUGAUGACCAUGAAGAUGUUCAAUGGGUUUUGGAAAAUAUCGAUGAAGUAAAGAAAGUACAUGGGUCAAACUCACACCCUAAAAAUUGA